AUGGAGUCGAUACCCGGCCAGCCGGCGGCGGGUAGAGACGCCAACUCCUCUCCAACCUUGAAGCAGGACGCGCACGGCUUCUCCGGCCCCGGCAGCUCCCUCAAGCCGAACCAAGUCAACGAGACCUAUUUGUACGGGGUGCCCAUCGUGUCACUGGUCAUAGAUGGCCAGGAGAGACUUUGCCUGGCGCAAAUCUCCAACACGCUGCUGAAGAACUACAGUUACAACGAGAUCCACAACCGCCGCGUCGCCCUGGGCAUCACCUGCGUGCAGUGCACGCCGGUCCAGCUGGAGAUUCUCAGGCGAGCGGGCGCCAUGCCGAUCUCCUCCAGGCGCUGCGGCAUGAUCACCAAACGGGAGGCCGAGAGGCUGUGCAAGUCGUUUCUGGGCGCGCACAACCCCCCGAAACUGCCGGAAAACUUCGCUUUCGACGUCUCCCACGAAUGCGCGUGGGGCAGCCGGGGCAGCUUCAUCCCGGCCCGGUACAACAGCUCCAGGGCGAAGUGCAUCAAAUGCAGCUUUUGCAACAUGUACUUUUCCCCGAACAAGUUCAUUUUCCACUCGCACCGCACCCCCGAGUCCAAGUACACGCAGCCGGACGCGGCCAACUUCAACUCAUGGAGGCGACACCUGAAACUGUCGGACAAAAACGCGUCCGAUGACAUCAACCACGCGUGGGAGGACGUCAAGGCGAUGUUCAACGGCGGGAGUCGAAAGAGGACGCUGCCGAUGGGCGGCUCGGGUGUGUCCUCUCCGGUGAACUCGCAGUCCUCCUCUAGUCUCACCCAAACCGGUACCCCCGAGAUCCCGCACAAAACUUUACGAUGCGACGACGACCGGGCCAGCAACGCCGGCCUGGCAAAUGGCGUCCGGAACUACCCGGUGAUCCCUGUGCCCAGCAAGGGUUUUGGGAUGCUUCAAAAAAUCCCCCCGCCCCUCUUCCCUCAUCCCUACGGAUUUCCCGGGUUUGGAUUGUGUCAAAAAAAGGACGAUGGCGUGGCGGAGCCGAGCAAAACCGGCGUCUCGGGUGUGUUUUGGCCCGGCGCUAAGGACAGCGGUAUCUACCCAACUUUCCCCAUGUUCUGGCCCACAGCUGGCGGACUGCCCUUGCCGCACUAUCAACAGCCCCAGCCUCCCAAACCCCCCACAGAGCUGCUCGGCGUCCGGCAAAGUAUUGAGCUCGACUUGUCGGACCAAAGUGACAGGUGCACUAGUAGCACACCCAAAGACAAGUACCACGACAGCGAGCGAUGUCCGAGCUCCCAGUCCGCCAGAAACGACGAGGACAAAUCCGGGGACGAGACCCGGUCCAUAGACGGAGCCCACACCACCCAGCGGAAGAUCAGCUACAUCUCCGCGUUUAGACCCGUGGUCAAAGACGCCGAGACCAUCGCCAAACUCUACGGUAACCGGGACGCCUACGGCGGGGUGCGUCCCGGGUACUUAUCCCCAGACUUUGUGAGCGAAAGUUCUAGUUACAGGUCGGGGUCGCCAGACAGGGACAGUGUGGACGACCUGGACGUGGACGUGGAGUCAAACCGGGGGCAAGACUACGAAGAGUCGAUCCACGUGUCGGCAGGAGACCGUCAGAGGUCCCCUGUGCCGGAUCGGGUUCAUCCUAGUCCCGAUGAGAACCGGGAUCCAGCCUCUAGUCCGAGUCCACCGUCGCCGGAGGAAUGUCCCGCUGCGAGCUCUGAUGAGGAGAGGCAAGGCGCGCGUGUGUCCCGGUGCAGCGACUCCCCUCUUUACGAGGUGUGCCCCCAUGAAAAGGAGGGACGCGGGCUUUUGAACGAGCCACCUUCGUUUGCAUCGAAGCGUUCGAGCAGCCCGCGCUCAUCACAUGGUGCUCAGCAAGUCUCCGAGGAACACAAGCAGCCACCUCCCGCAGGGGAGGACGCGCUGAGACCCUACCAGGACCACAAGGACAGACGAGCGGAAGGAGCUUUACGCGCCAAUGUCGGCGCCCACGACAAGGACAGCAUCGGAAACAUGGCGAAAGAAGAACUGCAGAAGCAGCUCGUGGAGCAAGUUGAGCUCAGAAAAAAGUUGGAGCGCGAAUUUCAACAUUUAAAAGAUAAUUUUCAGGAUCAAAUGAAGCGUGAGCUGUCCUAUAGAGAGGAAAUGGUCCAACAGCUGCAGAUUGUUAGAGACACAUUGUGCAGCGAGUUGGACCAAGAGAGAAAGGCUCGCUAUGCAAUACAACAGAAGCUAAAAGAAGCUCAUGAUGCUCUUCACCAUUUCUCCUGCAAGAUGCUGACCCCUCGCCACUGCACAGGAGCCUGCACCUUCAAACCUCCACUGCUGCCCCCGUAG